UAGGCUCGAGAGUCAGUUAGGUAUUAAUUAAAAUAGCAGUACUUAUACACUAGCUAGCUAAUAAGGUAGCAUCGGCUACGAGUUAUUUGGAAUUUAGGCCAUGCAAGAAAUGGAAUUAUCUCAAUUCUCAUCUUCCAUCAUUAGCUAUAAAUAUGGUGGGCAAUUCAAGCUCUUUAGCUAAUAAUGUAUAACAAUCAUUAUACAAAGUAGUAAUGAUGGCAAUUGAUGGCAGAGAAAGCAGAAGAAAGAAGGAGGUGAUUGGUAUAAUCGGAGCUGGAGUCAGCGGCCUCUUAGCCUGCAAAUACUGCAUUUCCAAAGGAUUUGAUCCGAUUGUGUUCGAGUCGGAAAGUAGCAUAGGAGGUGUUUGGAGUAAGACCAUCGGGAGCACUAAGCUGCAGACGCCAAAACCAUUUUACCAGUUCUCUGAUUAUCCAUGGCCCGAUUCAGUAACCGAAAUGUUCCCUGACCAACAGAGAGUGUUGGAGUACAUUGAAUCGUACGCAAGUCACUUUGAUUUGAUCCGACACAUUCAGUUCAACAACAAAGUGUUGAGCCUCAGCUAUGACGGAGAAUGGAAUUUGUGGGGCGAGGCGUUUAAUAAUAAGGGCAAGUGGAGCGUCACCGUACAGGACACUGCAACCCUCUCCACACAGGUAUACCAAGUUGAUUUUGUAGUAGUUUGUGUGGGACGGUUCAGCCAGGUUCCAAACAUCCCUGAAUUCCCUCCAAACAAAGGCCCUGAAGCGUUUGAGGGUGAAGUAAUUCAUUCAAUGGACUAUUCAAAAAUGGACUCCGAAACUGCAGCUAACUUUGUCAAAGGAAAACACGUAGCCGUUGUUGGGUUCCAGAAAUCAGGAUUGGACAUUGCCAUGGAGUGCUCUAUGGUUAAUGGGGUUGAACGUCCGUGCACAGUAGUAAUCAGGACACCGCAUUGGAACCUUCCGGACUUUUCUCCAUGGGGACUCAAUUUGGGCUAUCUCUACCUAAAUCGAUUCUCCGAACUUAUGGUGCAUAAACCUGGUGAAGGCAUGCUUUUAAGUCUCCUCGCCACAACUCUUUCACCAUUGAGGUGGGCAUUCUCAAAAUAUGUAGAAUAUUAUAUAAAACACAAAAACAGGCUUGAUAAGCAUGGGAUGGUGCCCGAUCAUAGCUUCUUAAAUGAAUGGAGUUCCUGUUCAAUUGCUGUAGAGCCGGAGGGCUUCUACAACAGGGUUGAGGAGGGAAGUAUAAAGCUCAUCAAGAGAGCAAAGACUUUAGGAUUUUCUAAAGAAGGUAUCGUGCUCGAGGAGAAGGGAGAACCAAUAAAAUCCGACUUAGUCAUACUAGCCACCGGCUUCAAGGGAAUUGAAAAGCUCAAACACAUUUUUGAAUUAACAAAAUAUCAGGAAUCCAUAGCAGGCUCAGAUGAUUCUGCUGCAGUUCCCCUCUAUAGGGAAUGCAUUCAUCCUCGGAUUCCACAACUAGCAAUAAUUGGAUUCUCAGAAAGUUUCGCGAAUCUAUACACAUCGGAAAUAAGGUGUCGGUGGCUGGCAGAGCUUCUUGAUGGAAAAUUCGAGUUGCCGAGUGUAAAGAUCAUGGAGAAGGACAUACAAGAAUGGGAUGAAUACAAGAAGAGAUAUACUUAUAGGAAGUACUACAGGAGAUCGUGCAUCGCUGCAUUGCACAUCUGGCACAAUGACCAACUUUGCAAGGACAUGGGAUGGAACCCGAAGAGGAAAAACAGUCUUUGGGCUGAGUGGUUUGAACCUUAUGGACCACUCGAUUAUGCCGGCUAAUUGGGGGCGGAGCUACAAGUCUUGUCCACGUAGAACCGAGGGUCUCCACCUCUACCCAUCCCUGUUUCAAGAAUGAAGCCUCCUUUCCUAUAUACUUACGUUUUAUUUUGUUUGUUUAAAGCUUCUCUUUCAUCCUAUUUAUGUGUUAGCCUAAUCAACUUCUUGGCACUUGCAUUGAAUUUUUAUGUUGGGUCAGAGUCAUGCAUUUUAAAAUAAUAUCUAUAAUAUUAAAGCAAAGCUCUGAAUAGAAAAAAGAAUGCGCUAGAUCUAUUUCCAUACUGUUCAUGCCAAUUCAACAUAUAUUUGCUUGCAAAAUUGGUUUAUUUGAACCUAAACGGGAAUAGUAACGGUUCAAAUGUUAUAGUGCCAAUCUAUUUCCUUCAUUUUUGUUCAUUUUAUUUCAACUGUAAUAAUUUAUUGUGAUUGUGGUAUAGUACACCAAUACUUAUAUACCUUAUUCUUUCAGGAAGGGGUUUAUUUUACCUAUACUAGAUGGCUCGUGUCCGUGCCUUUCUUACUAUUGAGAUACAAAUAAGGAGAC